UUAAAACGCAUUGAACGACGCGUUAACCACGUUAACGCAUUGGGUUUUUUUCAGGACAACGCAGCAAUGUUUUGUAGCCGGACAGAGAGUGCACUGAACUGAAGUCACAAGAUCGUGAUUCCGGAUAGAGAGCUGACCUGCUAAACACUAUUUUAGCAUGUAGGAUGCAAUUGAAAACCUCAUGUUAUGAUAUUUACAACUCCUCGUAACCAUAUUUGUUGACAUCAACACAGAUUUUGAGAUAAAAAGUCUAUAAAUAAAGCUGAAACCAUGCCGACAUCAGAAAUUGCCAAGUCACAAGAAUACCAGAGUUUUCGAGCUUCUGUAUCUCAGCACAAGGUGCAAGUUGAUGAUGGAUCCAAUAAAGAGUGGACCCUGUAUGAUGCCGGCCCACGUUGUGUUCGAUGUCCACUUGUUUGUUUCCCUCCAGCAAGUGGAACUGCAGACAUAUUCUUCAAACAAAUUCUUGGAUUAACGGCAAGAGGGUACCGUGUCAUAUCGAUGGAAUAUCCUGUGUUAUGGUCUCUGGAAGACUUCUGUGAAAGUUUUCGGAAGUUGCUUGACCAUUUGAAAUUAGACCGGGGUGGUUUUCUGGCCCAAAAGUUUGCAGAAUAUACGUACAAGAGUCCGCGUGUUCAGUCUAUUAUUCUAUGCAAUUCAUUUGUUGAUACAGACUGUUUCCAGCAAUCUCAGUCAUCUACAACAUACUGGGUUCUUCCAGGUUUUCUUCUGAAAAAGAUGGUGAUGGGUAACUUUGCUUCUGCAAGGUUGCUUGAUUAUGAGAUAGCCAACUCUGUUGAUUUCAUGGUUGAAAGACUUGACAGCCUUGGUCAGUCUGAGUUGGCUUCACGAUUAACCAUUAACUGUGCAAGUUCAUAUGUUGAACCACAGAAACUUAAAGAUAUGCAUGUCACUUUGAUUGAUGUGUUUGAUAACAGCGCAAUCUCCCAAAGUGUGAAAGAUGAAAUGUACAAAUGCUACCCUGAUGCAAAGAGGGCUCACCUCAAAUCAGGAGGAAACUUCCCAUACCUGAGCAGGAGUGACGAGGUGAACCUACACAUUCAGAUUCAUUUAAGAGUCUUCUUAGAUACUCGAUAUAAUGCCUGCGAUCCAAAUGUUAGUGAGGAGAAUGGUACAGAUAAUGGAGCCUCGACAAGCGAUUCCUCCGAACAUCCAACGCUCUUUGCUUCAAAAUAAAGUGCGUCACAAGGACAGAUGUGUUGGCAGAGCAGGUGGGUUGGGGGCUGGUGAGUUGGGAGGACAGGUAACUGAGGAAGAGCAAGUGAGUUGGUUGAAGAGAUUCAAGAUUUCAAGAUUCUUAAUUGGUCUACAUACCAUAUAUAUAAUAGGGUCAUUAUCCGCUUCAUAAGUAUAUUACAGUCAGAUAAGAAUAACAAUGAGAUAUAUAUCUGCAUAGAUAAAUAUAAAUAUAUAUGUCAUCUUAUUAAAUGAUUAAAGAUCGGUAUGAAGAACAUGCCAGUUGGGAGAACAUGUAAGAACAAAUUUGAGUUGGUUUACAGUAGAGUUUAUAUGAAAACAACUGAGACAUUGUAACAUUUCUCAUUACAUAGUACCUGGUUUAAUUGUGGGACAUAAAUUUGUAAGUUUUGCUUAAACAUUCCAUGGUUUAUUCUUUAAUACUUUUAUAUGAAUCUCAGUUCACUUUUAACAGAAUCAGAAUUGGGAAGUAUGUAAGUAUAUUUAUAUCUAAUGACUUGUAGUUAAAUAAAUGAUUUUGUGACAAGUCAUUAACAAUAUCAAAAGUGCAUUUUGUUGUUUCAACCGUUGUAUUGAUUGUUUUGGCUUAUUCUAUUUUUUAUUUAUUUUUUAAAAUUGGAUACCUGGUGCCCAGUGUGCUGGAGAGUGAGUCGUUGGGAUUCAGGAUGUUUUAGUCAUGAGCAAAACAUUUUUGACAGGAUUUCAUUUUCAACCUAAAAUCUGGGGGAUUUGAAAGAUGUCUUACCCACCAAACUAGAGCAACAUCUUUAUAUAUAAUUAACUUUAAAAUUAAAUAAUAAUAAUUACUUUUUUAUAAUUAAUAUCAUGUUUUACUCAAAAAUAUGACAAAUAAAAUCGUUCUAUGUAAUAUACUACAACAAUAUUAACUGUGUAAGCUUAAUUUGUUUUUCUCUUAUAAAUUACAAAUACUUUAUUGAUUUCAUAUUAUUUUCAAUUUAUAUUUAGAUUACUAUUAUUCAGAUAAGUUAGAUUGAUGAUACAGUAACUUGCAUUAUUUUUUCACCUUUAUUUCUUUUGAGGUUUUUAGAUUUGUAAGAUUUUAAAAGUAGGUUAAAGGGAGAGAACACGUUGAGGUCUCAGGUAAUGAUUUCCCUUCAGGUGACCCCUCCAUACCCACAUGUAAUUGCAGUUUGAUCAAUGGGAGUGGACGUCCCCUUCCCCUGCAAUCUCCUUUUUAGAGUCAAAAAGUAAAAUAAUAGGGUCAUUAACACAUUCUGAAAGGUGAUUGUUGGUAAUUGUGACAGGUGUAAUUGUUCAAGGUGUUUACAUUAUUUACAGGCACAAAAUGAUAAAUGUGGUUUACUUAUAUACUGUAUAUAUGUGAGGUGGUUGGUUUUACCACUAUAAAAUUCUUAUUCUCUUGUGUCAAUAUUAGGCCUACCAAUGAAUAAAUUUGAAUGUUAUGUGGUAUAGUGAAUGGUGGACAAAACCUGGGGUGUUAAUCAUCAAAUGUUUUAAUGGGGCUUGUACACAUAAUAAUCUUCAUUAUCAUCUACAUUAACUCAGUAAUGAUAGUAUAAUAAUAAGUUUAUUUUCUUUGCAUUAGAAAUGAUAUAUAAAUGUAAUACAGCACCAAAGAUGGAUGCGAGCUUGUCUAUUUACAGUCUGUAAUUUUGUAAAUUCCAAACAUUGCGAUUAUUGUAGGUAUAUUGUUUAAAUAGACUUAAGAGAGGGAAAAAAAGUACAUCUACUAUGAAAAUGAUCAUGCCUAGUUCGAAUGCAAAAAAUACAAUAUUUGUUAUUAUUUUCGUAAGAAAUAAAAUACUUUUUACCAAAAUA